GUUAUGAAUGAAGUUCCCUCAGACACUUUAAUGAUCCGGUUCCUGCAGCGAUGCUGUUUAUUCUCGAUCCGUGCUCUGCUGAGUUUUAUGCACACAUGGCUCUGCAGGGCGUGAACACAUUAGUUCUGGUUUUGUGUUGCAUUGAGUUUGUUCUGUCACAGAGUUCAAAGCCGGUCUCUACUUUAGACCCUUUCUCAGUCAUAGAUGAUGAUUAUUCUGAUGGUGAAGCUGAUCACUCAGAAGUGGCUACUCGAGACAGUGGACCGCUGAUGAACUCAAAGCUGGCAGUUUAUUGUAACAAUGAUACCAUGAAAGUGAUUUUGCCAGCUGGCUCUCUCCGUCAGGUUAAGAUUUUGGGUGCUAAAGUAAUUGAAUCUGUGCUUGGGGCCCCAGGGGCCUGUGGAUACUCUCUGACUCAGGACCACGGAGAUAAUGUUUUGGUUGUUGACUACUCGGGCUGUCAUGUCACCUUGGAGGAUGGCCAUUACACUCUGAGAGUCCUCUAUCCAGAUGAAGAGGGACAGUUGGAUAUCGCUAGAGUGUCUUGUGAUGCAAACCAGCGUCUCACUGCUUCCCUAAAACAGCUGAGUGUGCAGUCAGAUCAGGUGCCAGUUUGUGAAAAACUCCCCCCGACACAGCCGUCCCAGGCAUCGCCUCCCCUGCCGGCUCCGGGCCCUCUGCUGUUCGACGACAGCACACCGGGAGGCUGCGGCAUCUCUGCCGAUCAGAGAGUGUUGUGUGGUGCCUCGGUUAUAACUGAAGACAGGUGCGUGGCUAAAGGAUGCUGUUUUGAUGAGAUGACCUCAGUCUGCUAUUAUCCCAUGGAUGAAUGCACUGCUGAUAAGAACUUUGUCUUUGUUGUUUAUAAUGAUUUCACAAACGUCUCUGUGAACCCCAUGAGACUGAUUGUUGCUGGAAAGCCUAGUUGCAAGCCUGUUAUCUCCAACAAAGACUUCGCCGUCUUCAAAUUUUCUGUCACUGAGUGUGGAACACGUUCUUUCGUUAUUGGCGAGACGAUAAUUUACCUGGCUGAGGUACAGACCACCAUCAGAGUUCGCAACCUGAAGUACGGUGUGAUCUCCAGGGAUAAUCCAAUCAGACUGAUGGUUGAGUGCCGCUACCGGAGGGUUGCAGCCUCUCCCAUGUUUGGCGGACCCGUGCUUGCGAGUGCAGGAUACAUGGUUAUGAGUCCCAGUCUGCCUCCAUUCCUGCUGUCUGAAGGACGGUUUGGAGUUCAGCUUUUAAUUUCUAUGGAUGAAACUUUCACCGAGUUUUACCCACGGUGUCAUCAGCCCCUAAAUGUUCUUUUGGGGAAGCCUGUGUAUCUGGAGUUGCGUCUGAAGUCUCCAAAACCUGCAGCGACUCUCAUAGUUCACUACUGUGUGGCCUAUCCACGCUCCGCUAAGAGCGCCCUGAUUCUGCUGUUUGAUGGAUGCCCUAAUCCUCUAGACUCUGGCACCACCUCCAUCCUUUAUAUGAAACAUCUUCCUCAGAAUCGGCACCAGCGGCGCUUUGAGAUCAAAGCCUUUCAGUUCAUGGAUUUGUCCACCAGAAAAUACCUGAAUGAGGAGAUUUACUUCAUGUGCUCUACUGAAGUGUGCUUGCCCUCUGGCUCACCUUGCACAGAGACCUGCUUCGAUGGAAAGUCUCCCUGAACAAGGCCCAGGUGAACCACUGGCAAUGGGAAUGUGUGAAUCCUCCUGUUGGUGUCGUCUAACUUUUGAAUAAAAUUUUAUCUCUAUAUUUGCACAAUGUUCAUUCUGACAAGCACUUAAGACUAAAGCAUCUAACUGUCCAGGGAUGCAGAUUUAUCAGGGGCGAAGAAGCUUUAAACUUCCCAGAGCGGUCCUGGCACAUGCUCUCAGGGAAUACAACUGUUUAAUAUCACUUUCAAACUAUCAAGUAUUGGAGGGGAAAAAUAGCUUUAUUAAUACUUGACAUGACUACCUUCUCAUAAUCUUAACCUCAUUCUUCCACGCACACAGUUAUUAGUCAUGAGCAGUUUCUGAGGUUAGUUUAACUUAAACACCUCUGAUUGGAUAUUGUGUUGUGACUACAAUGCUGCAGUAACAUGUAAAUAGACAACUUUGUGUUCCAAGCUCUGUUAAAAAUGUCAGUGUUAUUUGAACCCAUAAAUCUGUCAGAUGGCACUGUCGGUCAAUUUACGCUAGUCUCCCGAGACCCGAAACACCUCUUUACCUUUCCAGACCAAUAUGAGUGCGGAACAGGUGACUAUACAUUUGCAUUUUAGUAUGACGAUAUAUUGUUAUACCCCUGCAUUGUUUUGAAUGUUG